AAUAUAUAAUAAAUUAUAAUUAUUAACAUUUUGAACAUCAUAAACUAUAUUGUUAUAAUAUAAUUACCUCUUCAAGUUCUAUGUAUGAUCCUGCACCUUCCGGAAACAUUUCAUCUGCCACAAGAGUCGGCUUCAUAGUUAAUCAGUUUUAUAUACUGAAUGUUAACAACAAAAGACACUCUCCUACCAUUCAAUAACAAACAAAUUUUAAGAUAUGGAGUAAUGGCUCAUGUUACUAUGAAACGGAUUAACUGCCAUCUGAUGGAAUUUUUAUUAUCUACAAUUAUAAUUUUAUAUUGUAUCCGGUGAAAAUAUAAUAUACUGAUUGUUAUUUAAAGAAUAUUGUUUAUUUUUAUCAAAUAAAGCAAAUUUAUCCAAUUAAUUUGUGAUUCUUAUAAUUUAUCCAGAUUCGUGUAUGAUCGCAUAUAUAUUUGUAUAUAUAUAUAUAUAUAUAUAUAUAUAUAUAUGUUCGGUGGUGAUUGCACGAGUUAAAGCUAAUAAAAAUAUAAUAUAAGAAAUAUAUAAUACAAUAUAAGAAAAAUUGUUUUCAUUAUUUCUAACAUUUAAUAAUGCGAUGGUCAAUUUCGAAACCAGUUUAUUAUGGAUCAAUGAUUGCAACUACAGUUGGUGCAGUAUAUUUAACAAAAGAUUAUUUUGGUGGGAAAAAGUAUGAAGGAAAAGAGAAUUUAGAAGGUAAAGUUAUCAUUGUUACCGGUGCUAAUUCUGGUAUUGGGAAAGAAACAGCUCGUGCAUUUGCUGCACGGAACGCAAAAGUUAUCUUAGCUUGUAGAAAUAAAAAUAGAUGUGAACAGGCACGCAAAGAAAUUGUCCUUGAAACCAAAAAUAAACUUGUUUAUUGUAGAAAAUGUGACUUGGCAUCUCAAGAAAGUAUACGGACCUUUGUUACUCGAUUUAAAAAUGAAAAUUCUCAACUUGAUAUACUUGUUAAUAAUGGUGGUGUAAUGCGGUGUCCAAAAAGUUAUACAAAAGAAGGCAUUGAAAUGCAACUAGGAGUAAAUCAUAUGGGACACUUUUUACUUACAAAUUUAUUAUUAGACGUUUUGAAACAAUCUGCACCAUCUAGAAUUAUAAAUGUUUCAAGUAAUGCACAUUUAAAGGGAAAACUUCAAGUCAAAGAUUUAAAUAGUAUGGAAAACUAUGAUCCUUAUGAGGCAUAUGCACAAAGUAAAUUAGCUAAUAUUUUAUUUACAAGAGAAUUGGCAAAGAAACUAAAAGGAACACAAGUCACAGUUAAUGCAGUUCAUCCAGGAAUUGUUGAUACAGAAAUAACAAGACACAUGACAUUAUUUAAAAAUCUUUGGUUUAAAUAUUUUAUUAAACCAUUUAUUUGGCCUUUUAUAAAGUCACCUAAACAAGGAGCUCAAACAAUUUUACAUGUUGCAUUAGAUCCUAAUCUUGACAAUAUAACAGGUUCUUAUUUCAGUAAUAAUGAAAUUGUUAACAUUUCUGAGGAAGCUAAAGAUGACAAAUUGGCGAAAUGGUUAUGGCUAGUUAGUGAAAAAUGGACGAAGUUAAAUGUCAAUUAAUAUAGUAAAUGUAAUAUCAUUUAAAUUAAAAUGAAAUUGGCGUAAAAAUUGAUAUUUAUUUCGUCAUAAUAAUUUUAUUUGUACUAUUGUAUUAUUAAAUAAUCUUUUUAUUCAUAAAAGUGAUUAUGAAAAUUCCUUUUAACAAUUAAAUCAAUCGGAUUGAAUACCUUUUGAAAAAAAGUGCAUAAAAUUUAUUUUAAUAUAAAUAACCUUGCAAGGAAUGCCCGUUUUCACGAAUAUUCUCUAAACAUGACUUGUUAAAGCAACGAACAAGAUAUUUGUUGCUUUAAAGAAUCAAUUACUAUAUUAUAAAAGAGUGAACGUCAAAAGAAAGUAUGCUAAUUGUAAUUAUGAGGAGGAUGUAAUCACUAAAUAAAUAUGGCGUCUUUUCUGCCGCCAAAAUAGUUGAACACUUUUUACCACACGUGCAGAGCCC